AUGACCAACAUGAGCUGGAGCUUCCUGACGCGGCUGCUGGAGGAGAUCCACAACCACUCCACCUUCGUGGGCAAAGUGUGGCUCACCGUGCUGGUGGUCUUCCGCAUCGUGCUGACGGCCGUGGGCGGCGAGUCCAUCUACUCGGACGAGCAGGCCAAGUUCACGUGCAACACGCGGCAGCCGGGCUGCGACAACGUCUGCUACGACGCCUUCGCGCCCCUGUCCCACGUGCGUUUCUGGGUCUUCCAGAUCGUGGUUAUCUCCACGCCCUCCGUCAUGUAUCUGGGCUACGCCGUCCACCGCCUGGCCCGCGCCUCCGAGCGGGAGCGGCGCCGCGCCCUCCGCCGCUGCCCCGGUCCCCGCCGCGCGCCGCGCGCGCACCUGCCGUCCCCGCCGCCGCCUCACUCCGGCUGGCCCGAGCCUGCCGACCUGGGCGAGGAGGAGCCCAUGCUGGGCCUGGGCGAGGAGGAGGAGGAGCCAGGGGCGGCCGAGGGCGCGGGCGAGGACGCGGAGGACGAGGCGGCGGAGCAGGCCAAGGGGUCCGGCGCGGCCCCGCAGGCGUCGGGGACGCCCAGCGCAGGCGCGCAGCACGACGGGCGGCGGCGCAUCCAGCGCGAGGGCCUGAUGCGCGUGUACGUCGCCCAGCUGGUGGCGCGGGCGGCCUUCGAGGUGGCCUUCCUGGUGGGCCAGUACCUGCUGUACGGCUUCGAGGUCCGGCCCUUCUUCGCCUGCAGCCGCCAGCCCUGCCCGCACGUGGUCGACUGCUUCGUGUCCCGGCCCACCGAGAAGACGGUCUUCCUGCUGGUGAUGUACGUGGUCAGCUGCCUGUGCCUGCUGCUCAACCUCUGCGAGAUGGCGCACCUGGGCCUGGGCAGCGCGCAGGACGCCGUGCGCGCGCGCCGCGGCCCCCCGCUCCCCGGCCCGGCCCCCGCGCCGCGGCCCCCGCCCUGUGCCUUCCCCGCCGUGGCCGCCGGCCUGGCCUGCCCGCCGGACUACAGCCUGGUGGUGCGCGCGGCCGAGCGCGCGCGCGCCCACGACCAGAACCUGGCCAACCUGGCCCUGCAGGCGCUGCGCAACGGGGCUGCGGCCGGGGACCGGGACAGCCCGCCGUGCCCCGGGCUCCCCGCGGCCUCCCGGGCCGCCUCCGGGGCCGGCGCCGCCGCCGCCGCCUCCGGGUCGGGCAGCGCCACCUCGGGGGGCACCGUCGGGGAGCAGGGCCGGCCGGGGGCGCAGGAGCGGCCGGGCGCCAAGCCCAGGGCUGGCUCGGAGAAGGGUAGCGCUAGCAGCAGGGAGGUGAAGACCACCGUGUGGAUCUGA